AUGCCUUCGCGUCGCCACCGUAAGGAAUCCAAUGAUCCACAACCCAGUGGCCCGCGCAGCAACACAGAAGGCCCAAACCAACAGGAAAUCAAGAAUCUGAGUGAAAGACUGGCUGCUAUACGGCUGGAGAUAGAGCAGACGUUCCUCUUGAAAGAGGAGAGGGUGAAAAGAGCGAAAAGUCAAUGGCAGCGAAUAGAGCGCAUGGAACGCGAGAGACGGCCAAAGGAGGAAAUAGAGAAGGAGAAGAAAGAAUUGAAAUACAGGGUUGCUGAUAUGGAAGGGAUCAUAAAGGUGUUGGAACAAACUAGAGUUGGGGAGGAGGAGAUAUUUUUGAAGAGAUGGCAUCUUCAGCAUGAUGAGUGA